AUGAAACCUUCCUGGGCAAUUUUGGCCCUCGCCUUUGGCUCGCACGUUGUAGCCAAAGGCUUUUCACCAACCGAUGCUGCUGAAUAUUGCAUGUAUGCUAUCUACGAGUCGUUAUCUGAACUUAGCUGGCAGGAAUCUGCGAAUGAAACCAGCUCAGAAGCCUCGAACUCAGCCUCUCCAUGUUCCAACGGUAUCGAGGCUACCUCUAUCUAUGCCUCUGUUGUGGAAUACUGCCAUGGAACAUCAUACAGUCAAGGCCUUGUCUUUUGGGAUAAGCUUUGUGCUAAUCUUGGCACUUCGCUGACGGGCUUGGAUGACCUCGAAGCCAGCGUUACUACAGCCUACAUUGAACAAUUGCCCGUUAUCAGCCCAGACACCGCGGGAAAGACUGAGAUUUCGACUCCGGUGCUGCUUGAGAAGUCGUACUAUUCGCGCGCUGUGCGCAGUGUGACUGCCAACGAGACUAGAGAUAGCAGCUCAAUCAACAUUGCUUGGGGCAUUCAUGGCUUCUGGGGCUUUAUCGUCCUUACGGGCGUUCUUCAUAACGUCUUUUCUACCCUCUCCCGUCGUUGUGCCGGUGCCCAGGCCGGAGACAUCGAGAAGCCUCAAUCACGCCGCUGGCGAGAAAUCAUCCCAGCGCCCGUUCGAUGGGCUCAUGACACUGUCUAUACGUAUCUGAUACUCUCUCCCGCUCUGGGAUACAACCACCGACGCCUUCUGGGCUUUAACGUACCCUUACGGGCCCAGGGUCUGACCUUCUUCUUCUUCUGGUCGCUGGCCGUUAUCUUGGCUUGCAUACACAGUGGUGUCUAUCGAGACGAUCCUUUCAACGGAACCUUUGCGUACCAGAUCUGGGUGUUCAUGGGGCCCAGACUCGGUUUUCUCGCCUUCGCAUGUCUCCCCUGGCUGUGGCUCUUUGCCGGACGAAACAACAUUUUCAUCUGGGGAACUGGCUGGGACUAUCAGACUUUCAACCUCUUCCACCGGCAUCUCGCGAGAGUCACUGUGAUUUAUGCAAUUCUGCACUCUAUCUCGUACACCGUCAAAUAUCUGGCCUACUCCCCGAGCAAGUACUACAAGGACCUCGAAACAAACUGGUUCCGCUUCGGCAUUGUGGCCACAAUCCUCAUGUCCCUCCUCAUUCCCUUCUCCUCGGCCACCCUUCGCAAGCGCUACUAUGAGGUCUUCCUAAUUAUCCACAUCCUCUCCGCCAUAGUCAUCGUCUGCGCCUUAUUCAUCCACAUUUCCAAGUUUGGCACAGAAUACACCCCGCACCUCUGGCCAGUAGUCGCAAUCUGGUCCUUCGACCGCCUCGCCCGCCUCCUCCGACUAGUCGUUACAAACAUCCACGUGCGAAGCCGUAGAGUGUCUCGCACGGCAAGAAGCACCGUCAGCUACAGUGACAAGAGCGACGUUCUCCGCAUUGAGAUCCAACCCGCCGCGGUCCCGCGGACUCCACGGGCGGGCGACGUGUAUUACCUGUACCAGCCACGAAGUUGGCGCGGGUGGGAGAAUCAUCCAUUUACCCUGGCUUCGUGGGCAUAUGCCGAGGAUGGCGUGAAAACGCCGGCUCUGGAGGGGGCCGUGUCCAUGCCUUUGGCGGGUGUGAAGGGGGAGAAGGGGCCACAGGUGAAGACGUUAUCGGCUCCGGCUCCGGCCCAGCUCGUGGCGACAGGCGGCCAGAUUCAAGUCCAGCCCUACCAAGACGAGGUUGUCUCGACGUCGGGAGUAUCACCGACAACAUUGACCUUUUAUGUCCGCCCCUAUGAGGGCUGGACGAAGCGGUUGAAGGAGCAAUGCCUGCGGUCGGGGUAUACAUGUCACCCGACCCUCCUUGUCGAGGGGCCGUACGGACACCGGGUCUCGCUGGGCGAAUUCGAGCAUGUCGUCAUGAUCACGGGCGGGACGGGGAUCAGUGUUGCGACGGCGUAUCUGCAGGAUCUGCUCGGCGGAUCUCGAGGAGACGGGGAGGGCAGGGAUGACUACGACCGAAGCCAGCAGAUCGAUCUGCAUUGGACAGCACGGGAGGCAGCGUUGUUUGCUGAGCUGUGUCAAAGGGAGCUUGCUGCGCUCGAGGGGAAUACGGCGGUGCAGAUGCGGUUCUAUUGUUCGAGGGAACAGGGAGUUGAGGGUUUGGAUAGGGAGGCCCUGGGCGGGCGGGUCGUUGAGAAGGGGAGGGCUCCGACUCGAGACAUUAUCUCCAAGGCGGCUGCAGAGGCAAGAGUCAGCUGUGCUAAAGUGGCUGUCCUUGUUUGUGGGCCUGUAGGGAUGGCGAACGAGGCGAGGCAGGCCGUUUGUGAAGCGAGGAAAGAGUAUGCUGGGGUGGAGUAUUUUGAAGAGGUCUAUGGGUGGUAG